AAUGAAACUGCUCUCUUCGGGCAGAUGCGGAAGCUGCCCUCCCCGGGGCUUGGGCAACCCGAGGAGGGGAAAUCACCUCGGUCGGUGGUAGUGUGGCUGCUGGCACUGCUGGGGCUGCACCUGCUGUGUGCGCCUCUCUCCUCAAAAUGCAGUUUCUGGAUGCUGAGGAGCUCCAGGUCGAUGAAGAGGAUGAUGUUUUUGGUGAAGGACUGCCCACCAGACUCCCAGAAAUCAUGUUGGUAGGAUCCCAGUCCUUUUCGCCUGGAGGGCCCAAUGGGAUUAUUAGAAGCCAGUCCUUUGCAGGUUUCAGCGGCCUUCAGGAAAGGCGAUCCAGGUGUAACUCCUUCAUUGAAAAUUCCUCUGCUCUCAAGAAGCCCCAGGCCAAACUGAAGAAAAUGCACAAUUUAGGUCACAAAAGCAACAACCUUCCCAAAGAGCCUCAGCCUAAAAGGGUGGAAGAAGUCUACAGGGCAUUGAAAAAUGGACUUGAUGAGUAUCUGGAGGUUCACCAGACAGAGCUGGACAAGUUGACAGCUCAGUUAAAAGAUAUGAAAAGAAACUCUCGCCUGGGUGUGCUGUAUGAACUAGACAAGCAAAUGAAAACAAUUGAAAGAUACAUGAGACGCCUGGAGUUUCACAUUAGUAAGGUAGAUGAACUCUAUGAAGCUUAUUGUAUCCAACGACGCCUCCAAGAUGGUGCCAGCAAAAUGAAACAAGCCUUUGCAACCUCCCCUGCCAGCAAAGCCGCCCGGGAAAGCCUUUCCGAGAUCAAUCGGAGCUUCAAGGAGUACACAGAGAAUAUGUGCACCAUUGAAGCGGAGCUAGAGAAUCUGCUGGGGGAAUUCUCCAUCAAGAUGAAAGGUCUGGCCGGCUUUGCUCGCCUCUGUCCUGGAGACCAAUAUGAGAUUUUCAUGAAGUAUGGCCGGCAGAGGUGGAAACUGAAGGGCAAGAUAGAAGUCAAUGGCAAGCAGAGCUGGGAUGGAGAAGAAACGGUUUUCCUGCCCCUGAUAGUUGGGUUCAUUUCCAUCAAGGUCACGGAGCUCAAAGGGCUGGCAACUCACCUCCUGGUAGGCAGCGUGACCUGCGAGACCAAAGAGCUGUUUGCAGCCCGGCCUCAGGUGGUGGCUGUCGACAUCAAUGACCUGGGCACCAUCAAACUGAACCUGGAGAUCACCUGGUACCCGUUUGACGUGGAGGACACGACCCCAUCCUCAGGCGCUGGGAACAAGGCGGCAGCCCUGCAGAGGAGAAUGUCCAUGUACAGCCAGGGCACCCCGGAAACGCCCACCUUCAAAGAUCACUCCUUCUUUAGGUGGCUGCAUCCUUCGCCAGACAAGCCGAGGCGGCUGUCUGUCUUGAGUGCCUUGCAAGACACUUUCCUUGCCAAGCUGCAUCGCAGCCGCUCUUUCAGUGACCUGCCCUCCCUCAGGCUGAGGCCCCAGGCCGUGCUAGAGUUCUAUUCAAAUCUACCUGAUGACAUCUUUGAAGAUGGAAAGGCAGCCGAGGAGAAAAUGCCACUUUCUCUCAGCUUCAGUGACCUGCCCAAUGGGGACUGCACCCUCACCUCCAACUCAGCCAAUCCAGAAAUUACCAUCACCCCUGCAGAGCGUAACCACGGCAGCCUGUCCUCCCAGAAUGAGGGCAUGGAUGAUACCAGCUUGGCAUCUUCCAGGAACUCCUUGGGAGAAGGCCAGGAGCCAAAGUCACACCUGAAGAAGGAAGACCCGGAAGAGCCCGGGAAACCUGCCUCGUCGGCCACCUCCAAGCCUUGCCGCCAACAGUCUGCAGGUGCCGGGGCCGAGCGCCUCUUCCUCGAGAAUGAUGUCGCGGAGGCCCUUCUGCGAGAGUCGGAUGAGGCCUCUGAACUGAAGCCUGUGGAACUGGACACGUUUGAGGGAAACAUCACGAAGCAGCUGGUCAAGAGGCUCACCUCGGCAGAGGUGCCAGCGGCCACAGAGCGGCUGCUCUUUGAGGGCUCCGUCAGCGCAGAGUCCGAAGGCUGUAGAUCCUUUCUAGAUGGAAGCUUAGAGGAUGCCUUUAACGGGCUUUUCCUUGCAUUAGAACCGCAUAAAGAGCAGUAUAAAGAGUUUCAGGAUCUAAACCAAGAAGUCAUGCAUUUGGAUGAUAUUCUAAAAUGCAAGCCAGCAGUAAGCCGCAGCAGGUCUUCCAGUUUAAGUCUUACAGUUGAAAGUGCUUUAGAAAGCUUUGAUUUCCUGAACACCUCUGAUUUUGACGAGGAGGAUGGUGAUGAGGUUUGUAAUGUUGGAGGAGGUGCUGACUCAGUAUUUUCAGACACUGAGACUGAGAAACAUAGUUAUAGGUCAGUUCACCCGGAAGCCAGAGGGCAUCUUAGUGAAGCACUGACUGAAGACACAGGAGUGGGGACCAGUGUGGCAGGAAGCCCUCUCCCACUGACCACAGGGAACGAGAGCCUGGACAUCACCAUUGUCAGGCACCUGCAGUACUGCACCCAACUCGUUCAGCAAAUUGUUUUCUCAAGCAAAACCCCAUUCGUGGCAAGAAAUCUCUUAGAGAAGCUUUCUAGGCAGAUCCAAGUGAUGGAGAAACUUGCCGCUGUCAGCGAUGAGAACAUAGGAAAUAUCAGUUCUGUCGUGGAAGCUAUACCAGAGUUUCACAAAAAGCUGUCUUUGCUGUCAUUCUGGACCAAGUGCUGCAGCCCAACUGGUGUCUACCACAGCUCAGCUGACAGGGUGAUCAAGCAGCUGGAAGCCAGCUUUGCCAGAACUGUCAACAAAGAAUAUCCAGGACUUGCAGACCCAGUGUUUCGAACCCUGGUGUCCCAAAUCCUGGACCAGGCUGAGCCUCUGCUUUCCUCCAGCCUCUCCUCAGAAGUCGUCACCGUUUUCCAGUAUUACAGUUACUUUACCAGCCAUGGUGUGAGUGACCUAGAGAGUUAUCUGAGCCAGCUGGCCAGGCAAGUUUCUAUGGUCCAGACUCUGCAAUCACUAAGAGAUGAAAAACUGCUACAGACCAUGAGUGACCUUGCUCCUGGCAACCUCCCGGCCCAGCAGGAAGUACUCAGGACUCUGGCUCUGCUAUUAACCAGAGACGACAAUGAAGUUAGUGAGGCUGUGACACUUUUCUUGGCAGCAGCCUCCAAAAAUGAGCAUUUCAGGGAAAAGGCCUUGCUCUAUUACUGUGAAGCACUGACAAAGACGAACCUCCAGCUGCAGAAGGCGGCUUGCCUGGCCCUGAGAACCCUCGAGGCUACUGAAAGCAUUAAAAUGCUGGUGACACUGUGUCAGUCUGAUACUGAAGAAAUCAGAACUGUGGCCUCAGAAACCCUCUUGUCUCUUGGAGAAGAUGGGCGGCUGGCAUAUGAACAGUUGGACAAAUUUCCUCGGGACUGUGUUAAAGUUGGAGGUCGUCAUGGAACUGAAGUUGCCACAGCCUUUUAACUACAAGCUAACUCUGCCUAACAACUGUCUUAAUAUCUGGCCCUUAACAUCCAGAUGGUGCUGUGAUUUAGCUGGAAAGUGUUUAGAACUUGAAGAGUUCUGCUGAAAAUUUAAGAGUUCUGGAAAUUUAACAUGUUACAGAGAGAAUUCAAAUUCUGGUUUCACAGUACCUAACUACUUUUCCUGUGGCCAAUGGAAUAGGGCUAUGUAUAAUUCAGUAGAUUACAUCAUUGGUUGUGUCUGUCACUACUCAGUAAAAGAGUCUAUCUUAAUAUGUAUGAAAUUUUAAAAUAGCCAUCUUUGUACUUUUUUGGAAGUUCUUGUAAAAGCUUGAAAUAGUCAUGUGAUAACUUCGAUAAAUAUCAUACGCCUUGCAGUUUUUCCUCUGUCGUGUUCUCAGGGUUGAGUGGCCCCCUUAGCUACCUAAUUUUUACUUUCAAUACAAAGCACAAAAAAUAAUUUCUUCAAAUGAAAGUUUGCCUGUGGAACCUGGCAAAAUGACCCAUUGUAAGAAAUCAAUGUUUUAUUUUAUUUUUUAACCUCUCAUUAUUUCUUUUGUGUUUUUCUUCCAUCCUGAAACUGCUAAAAUCAUGUUUCUAUUAUGGUAAAAAAAUAGGUAGGUGACGAAGAGCAACCUUAUUGAGAUUAUACCCGUACUAUUAAACAAAAAACUCAAAGCUUAACUUUUUUUUUUCCAAGUUAACAAGAGCCAUUUUUUAUGAUACUCUUACCACAGAGGUAUUUUGCUGCUAAGACAAACCAAAACCAAAAGUUGUGGAUACACAAAGCCGUGAUUGACUCUCUUUGAGGUAGAAGAAUCUGAAAGUUGGAGGAAUGCUAAUGGGGUAGGAGUAGUCCCUGCUUCUGUCAAAGUGACCACAAGGUUGGGAAGAAGGAUGCCCUGAGGGAUAGUUACUGCCACAGAUAAAUCUUCACCACCAGGUAGGAUUUCCUGGCCAAAUAGUUAAAACAACAGCUUUCAUCAUUGCUUCAGCAUCAGAGUAGCAAGUUCAGUAAACAAAGUACAAAACCAUUCAGUAGCUCUUAUUAAAUAACUUUUCUUCCUCUAAAGAAUAUACAAGGUGGAGUAUGCCAAGGUAUCAAAACAAUGUGUGUGAGUGUAAUUUAAACUGUGGAAUAUCAACUGUACUGUGGACAUGUUUGUAUAAAAUAUCAUCUAGAUGUCAUUUUAAAUAUUUACAUUCUAGCAACACUUUUAAAAGGACUCAUUUCGUUUUAAAGUGAAAAUUGUUUGCCAGGCUUCUGGCAAACAGUUCUUUCAACUGUGAAGUUACAAUGUACAUAUUUGUAUAUUUAUAAAAUAUUAUAUAUAUGCAUAUAUCCUUCAUUUUAAAGGUACAUUGUACAGUCUAUAGGUAGUAUGUAUAGUUGACAGUUUAUGUUAAAUGGUUGAAAUGGUUCUCUUUAUAGAAAGUCAAAUCACAGAUGUUACAAGAUUUUUUGGUUUGUUUUGUUUUUAUUUUUUGAAUAUUGCAUGAGUAAUUAAUUCCAUAUCUUUUCUAUUCACUCUGUAUUUUAUGUUUGAUUGAGGGGGUGCUUUUAGUUUCGUGGCAUUUGUACUCAUCACUUUCAGUCAUGUAAGUUAAAAUAAAGAUUAUUUUUCAAUUACUAGUC